AUGCAUCUCUUCAGCCGCCACUUCGAACCGGAACGGCGUACCAUCAUCCACACCAGUUCUGGGUCAGGCGGUAGUCCAGGCUCGGAUUCAGGCUCCGUAGGGGGCAGCAAAAUUGGAACGUGGAUCACCACCAGUACACACGAACCGCAGAGCGAGGUCGUGUCUACACCCAACCUUCCGAAAGGAAAGGUUGCCGUGACGUUCAGUAGUGGCGGUGGUAAAGCGUCGAAGGUGUCUGGCGGCAAGUUCAAAGGACGCGUGCUGGGAGGAGGUUCGCGGCAAGACAUCUUUGGUGCCAGUGUCUACGGCAGCGGCUAUCCUGGUUGGUCAGCUAGGAGCAUCGGUGUUGCUGGUCAACCCUUCCCUUACUUCUUCUACCCUAUCGUUUGGACGACAUCGACAUCCGCGGCUCUCCCUCCCUACUUGGACGCCACAGCAGAGUACGGGCUUCCUACCGAUACGUCGCGCCCUGGCGGCGCGUUGGUGCAGGCUACGCUUCAUUCAAACACGACAGGGGACGUCUUCCACUUCAUCGCGGACAACAGUACAGCUCAAGCCGUUCUACCGAUCUUGCGUGCGAACUGUGGCGUAGAUGCUAACGCUUCUUCGUCAUCGCCAUUUGCCUACACCGGCGCCAACGCGGCUGACCCGAGUCCGGUCGACGCGAUCCAGUACUUUCGCGCAAGCUCAGCCGUGCUGAUUCUCGAAGGAUACAACAACACCGCCACACUUUUGAAUACGCCAGACGUUGCCGCCUUCCCAUCUAUUCCUACGGAUACGGACGCCGCCCUCCUCUCUUGCUUGAACACUACCAUCGGCGCAUCGAUGCCGCUCGUCGAUGCGCCUCUCAAGUUCCACUGGGGCUCGUUGGGCAUCUUCCUUCUCAUCCUGGCGGGAUGCGCCGGUCUGGCUUUGGUUGUGACGGUGGCGUGCUGUUUCUGCUGCUCGGCAUACCGUAGGAGGUUGAGGCGUCAGGAUGCUGCAGAGGGCAAGAUAGAGGGCGGAAAUGUUAGCGCAGGUAUAAGUGGCAAUGAACGGGGCUAUGGGAUGUAUCGGCUGGUAGAACGUCCCGCGUAG